AUGAGAGUGCUCAAGUAUGACAACAAAAGUGAAUGGAUCUUUGCUACCAAACACGCAUCCUCACAAAUAAUAUAAGAGAAAGACCAGGCGUAAUUGACAACCUUCAACACAAAAAGCGUAUAUGUAAAGAAAACAUUUCCACAGCUUCUGGAACGAGAUGAAUGUUCUGCACUAUGCCAGACGAAUUCGUUAUGGGAAGCUAACAAUAGUUGGCUACUAGUUAGCUAGCGUGUCUGCUAACCAGCAAUAUCCUAAAACAAAGCUGUUAACAUAGUGCUAGGUCCAGUGCCUGUUUGUCAACAAAAGGCAGGCAGCAAAAAGCAUUUUCUAAAAGUGCGUCACGGCCCAGGCAUUAACAGCCAGAAGAUUUACCUUUUUGGCCACCAUUUGAGGAUCCGCGAGAAAGUGACGCAGCAAUUAAACGAGCAAGAGACAAAAUGGCGGAAGACCCACGUCACGUUGAUCUUAUGGAAGCCCUGAAACACCGGACGCGUUAUGGACGCCCCAUGCCAUGGAAAGAAACCUACAGGAAGCGUUGUUUUGAAAGGCUGAAGAACAGUCGCUCUCGGUUGCUGGAGAGGUACCGCCAGGCGGGAGAGAGCGAUGAGUGCGGUAAGGGAUCCAUGGUCGAGGAGAUCAUGCAGGAAGAAUGGAGUGCCCUGCAGUCAUCCGACGGGAGCUUGUCAUCGCCGUGGAGCCACGUUGGCGUAGAUUUAUUUGGAGCUGUAAAGCAAGACGAUGAGUUGACAGUCCUUCAAGAAAUUCAACAAGAACUUCUAGCAGAAGAGCUUGCCAUUCUGGAGGAUUACCACAAGAACAUACAGUUUGAGGAGCAAUCUUUGAAAGCGCUGGUGGAGGGAAUGGAGAACAGUAACCUCAUCAUCUGUCCUGUCUGUUUCACAAACAAUCUGACUGUGACCAGCCAUUUCAUCUCUUGUCCAUGUGGCCUGUACAUCAACACUCUGGGCCGAGGUGUGAGCCCUGAGAUGCUGAGGUCUCUCCUGGAGCAGCAGGUCACUCAGCACGCAGACUCUGAGUGCCCCCACAACCCCGUCUUCUCCAUGGUGACCAACAUGGAUGGCUCCUCCAGUCUCAUGGCCAGUUGUGGGGCUUGUGAUUACCUAUCCGUUGUUCUCUGAACACGUCCUAUCUACUGGGCUCCAUUUUACGGAGUGUCUUCAUUUUAAAAAACAAACAAAAACAGUGACAUUUCUGUGAAAUAAUACAGCUUUGAUUCUCUUGUCACAUUAAAAAGCACUACAGCAGAACUUUAGCGUGCACAGAAUGGGCCUGUGAUGAGUGCGCUCUGUUUCUGUGUUCUGUACUGAGCUCCGUGUGUUGGAGCUCAUUUGUUUAGGGGGGGGGUCCUGUUCUCUGAAUGGGCCCGUAGUAUGCGGGGCAUCUGAGCUAUGUAUGUGCCAAAAGGUGAACUUCAGACUAAUCCUCCUGAAGCCUCCUGUGUUUCACUUGCAUUGUGUCAACCUCAGCUGCUUCCAUUUACCGUGCAGUUCAAAUGCACGCUAACGAUUGUCCGUCCUAUUUAUCUGUAUGUCAUGACCUUUUAAAGAUUUAAUAAAGAUUUUAUUUUUAACUAAA